AUGCCAUUAAAUGCUGACGGCUCUGCUACCGCGUUUUUUGACAAAAAAUGUGUCGGCAUGAUUCUACUCGUGAUUGUUAACAUCUUGUGGGUUUUAUCAUCAGAAUUAACAAGAGUGAGUGCCAUUGUCUUGUGCCAAUCAGUAAAUGUUUAUCUCUUUACAGUUUAUUUUUGUGGACGAAGAAUUCAAUAGACCUUUCUUCACAGUUUAUUUAAAAUCGUGUACUCUAAUUUUGUACAUGCUGCGCUACUUAACUCGGGAAGGCGAAGAGGUGAAACUUUUUUUUUUGAUGAAUUUAAUUUUUCUUUUCCAGAGCUCUUACAAAACUUUAGUGAAUGAUUCAGACAGCGAAAGUUUCGAAAUGAGUUGCGAUUCGCUGGUGAGUUGAAGUUUCCUUUUUUUACAUUGAGAUAUAUAAUUUUUAAUUCGAGCUUCUUUUUUUAGAAGUUUAAUUUUCAAAUUUAAAAUAAAUUUGAACCAAAUUUAAUUUUUUCCAAGUUGAAAGACGAGUUCUAAGAGAUUUCAUUUUUCAGUCCGUGGAAGGCUUCGAAAGUGUGACGGAAGACUCUGAAGUUGAAUCAUCUGUCGAUGAUUCUGUCAAUAGAACCGUCAGGUUUUCACAACAACGGGAGGUGUGUUUGUUUUCAAACAAAUAUAACUAUUUUCGUCGAGAGGCGAGCGUUUUCAAAUACAGUAUUACUUUAAGUUCCUUUUGGCUCUAGAGCUUCUCAAAAUUUUCAUGUAACAAUAUGUUAGUUUUCCAAAAACCGACUGUUUCUGCAUUAUCGUCGAUUAUACUGCAUAUCGAUGGUCCUACUGCCAGAAAAAUCAAGAUUUUCUAUUUCCUUCCUACUUCGUCGUUUUAAUGAAUGCGACGCAGGUGAGACGGAUGCCGUCGUCAACGGCAGAAGACCAAAGACGAGCGCGACUGCCCUACAGAUCCCCGAGCGUCGAGUGCCACCUGCAAAUGUCCCCACACUUCAAGUACACGAUCCUCUUCUUCGCUCCUUUGGUCCGUUCUUUUUCUCGCCCUUCGAGGAUUCCUUUUACAGUGGCUUCUGUGCUCGUUCACCUACCAGGCGGCCCUCGUCUCCACUUCCGUUUCCAACUUGAAUCUAAUCUCCAGCUCUUCCUCCGUUUUCGUUCUCGCCUUUUCCAUAUGCUUUCCGGUCGGCUCGAAUCGCUUCACUCUGUACAAGGUUUGUUCACAGGCGGUUUUCUUUUGAUAAGGGCUGAUAGUUUUUUCACGAGAUUCAAGAAUCUCCAGUUUCAAAAUGUAGGUUGACUUUUCGGUUUUUUUUCGCGCGUUCUUCAGAAAAGUGUCUUGAUGAUCUUCACCAAGUAACAUAUGAUAAAAAAAAAAAUUCGAAAGCAAAUUUUCACAAAAAAAAAGUUGAAGAACAGGAUUGAAAUACUUUUUUUCUAUUCCUGUAAGAAACUCACAUAAAAAACGCUAGUUCGAUCUUAUACUUUCUUUUUGCGAAUGUUAUAAGGUUCAAAAAAAUUAAGCUGGAGCUGUUAAAAUUUUUUUGCUUCGAAUCAAAAAUUUAUGGUUCAUUGGAAGAAUAUAUAAAUUAUAUAGCUUGAAAGAGAUUUUUCUUGUAAGAGCAUUGUUACAGGCGAUCCUUGUUGCAAUGAACAUCGCCGGCGUCAUGAUCGUUUCUCACUACUCUCCGUCUUUGAUGGGCGCCUUUUUCGCGCAGGUUCUUUCCAAUCCCUCUCUUUAUACAUUAAAUUUGAAGAUUUCUGCUUUAUCCUACGCCAUAUACCUGACGGCUCUGUCACACUUCGAGGAGCGACUCGGAAGAAUGAGUAUCAAUUUAAUGUUUGGUAUGUUUCAGAUUUUUUAUCGACUUAAAAUGAAGUUUUUUCAACUAAAAGACCGUUUUGGGGCAUUGAGCGCUUAUUUCUCGAUAACUAGAGAUUUGUGCAGGUUAAGACUUUCCGAUUCUUCUUCUGGUACAUCAAAAAGUGUUCUGGCCAAUUUUCAAGGAAUUCCCAACCGCAAAGAAAAAAUACCUACCAUAUAAAGGAUGAAAUGGAAUGUGGUAGUCUGCUGCGGCUGUUCCUGUUCAAGCCGUUUUUUAUCGGUUUUUAUACCACAGAGAUUAUUUUUUUCGAGCUAGUCAGUCAGAUACUCCUGGAGCUUAGUAUAAUACAGAGUUAACAGUCCAAAUUCUGUUUAGUUUGGAGCGCAUCGGCUCUUUUAAUCUUGGAUAAUAUUUAAGGUUCUAUCGGACUGAUGGCUCUAGUCAUCGGCACCCCAAUGCUGACUUUUCUGGACAAAGUCGGAGUGGAGUCCUUGUACCCGAUGCCAAACUCGAUGCAGCUCGCCUCCAUCCUACUUUCCGCUCUGUUCGGUUCGUUUUUUCAGUCGGGUGCUGUUUUUCCUUUGUAACAUAAUAUUUGGUUCGGAAAGAGUAGUUUCAGGAACACUGGUGGCCGACUAUUUGUGGCUGCUAGCGGCGGGAAUGUCAGACUCGCUGACGGCGUCGCUGUCGCUGACCAUGGCGAUUCCGAUGUCGUUCCUCGCGGACUCGCUGCUCCGGUCGCGGCCGCCGACUUUCGCCCAGCUCCUCGCAGCCGUUCCCAUUACGCUUUCCUUCGUCGGAGCCGCUUUUUCGCAAAAGUCUGCGUCGAAAAACCAAAAACCUUUCCGUUCGCCGGCUGGUUCCGGCGACCGCAAGGAGGACAAUGCUAAAUUGAUAGAAGAUGAGCAGGAUUAG